CUUCACACUCGUUGCAUGGAUUAUAAUGUUCAAUGUGCAAUAUUCAAUAUUCCAUUCCCAACUCCUCAUGAUUUAUUUUAAAUAAAUAUAUACAUUUUUAGUUACUUGAAUUUGCCGCUUUUCCCCACUUUAAUUUUAUAUAUAUAUAUAUAUAUAUAUAUAUAUAUAUAUAUAUAUAUAUAUAUAUAUAUAUAUAUAUAUAUAUAUAGGCGUUAUGUCUACACAAAUUCGCGAAGAACGCCGGCCAUCUGUGCCGCAAGCAGAACACCUUCGGCCACAACUCAAGAAAAGCUUCGUGGAGGCUUUGGGCUCUUCACAAUCCCAGAUUCAACCAGAACAGAAAAUAAUCGGACGUUACAAGGGUUUCCCGGCGGUCUCCUUCACCUCGGAAGAAGUUAUAUCACUCUCAGCGCCGUACCAAUUUGCAUUGGUGGGGCGAUUCACCAAAUCCAGGCCUCCGCUACAGGUAAUCCGUAGGUCCUUCGAGAAAAUUGGCUUCAAGCCCGGCCAUACGAUUGGUCUUCUAGCCCCCUCCCUUGUUCUUAUCAAUUUUCAGUGCCCUCUUGAUUACCAACGAUGCUUUUCCAAAAAAAUCUGGAACAUUAAUGGAGGGGAGUUGGUUGUGUCGAAAUGGAGUCCCAACUUCCAUGCCGACCUCGAAAACCCCGUAUUCCCGAUCUGGGUUUCCCUCGUCCACUUGCCCAUCCAUCUCCAAGAAGCCAAAGCACUUCAUUGCAUUGCACGGUCUAUUGGUAAUCCCCUUAUGAUGGAUGCAUCAACAACAACUAAAACUAGGCCAUCGGUUGCAAGGUUUUGUGUUGAAAUUGAUGUCUCCAAAGAACUUCCGAAGAAAAUAUGGAUCGACAAUGGCGGGAUGGGCUUCUUCCAAGAUAUUUCGUAUGAGAAUGUCCCGGACUACUGCUGUCAGUGUAGGAAAUCCGGUCACUUGACCGGAAAUUGCUUUAAAAACGAAGAUGCCUCACCAGAACAGUCCAAUGACAAACAGAUGGGGGUCCUUACCUUUGUGCAGAAAGAGCCAGUACUCCCAACACCCCCUGUGCUUCCAACAUGUGAAGCGGGACCUAAUUUCCAGCCAGGCCCCCCAGUCCAAUCCUGUUUGGACAUUUGUGUUGGGAAGCUUAUUCCUGUCCAACAAGACAGCUUGGCCUCGGACUCCUUGGGUCCUAUUGGGACUCCGAAUUCAAUUGUUAAUGCAGAUGACCCCUUGAGGAGAAAGGAUCACAGGGCUGUCGGCAUUCUGGACCAUGCAUCAGAUCCUCAAGAACAUGUGGUUGAUCCCACUUCUGUCCAAAGCGACCAGGUUGCCAGUGAUGAGGGACCAGGUGCCUUACAGCAUGUGGUUGUAAGACAGGACGAAACCAAGGAAGGGUGUUCUACUCCCAUUACUGUCAUUGAAGAUGGAAUGACCAAAACUCAAGAGGUUGUAAAUUCUAUUGAGCCUGAAAUGGAAACUACAACCAAAUACACCUUCAAGGAAACUAUUGUAGAGGUGGAUGGCCAUUUAUUCCUCAUCAAUGUUAAGGAGCCCGUUGAGUUCCAAGAAACAACAGAAACCUUGGCGGAUGCUAAGGUUGAUACAUCUCCGACAGGGUCUACGAAUGAUAAACUCCUAGAGCGCACAUCAAAUAACCCGGACUCAAUUGAGGACAGCUUGGACCAAGAAAAGACAGAGAACCAAUCUGAACCAGACUUUGAAAGCGAAGAAUAUCAGUAUGAAGAGGGUUUCACCCUUGUCAAACGCAAGAAGGGAAACUAUCCCGAACUAACAAUCCAAACACGAAGCGGUUAUCGCCCCCAAUGUGGUCGAGGACGAGGCAGGCGAGGCCGCGGCCGGAACUAAACCAUUCGUUUUAAGGGACAACGUCCCUAAAAACAAGGUCCCCUCCCCUUUUUUUAGGGGUGUCUCCCAUUUACUGCUUUCUUUCUUUUUUUGUCUUUUUUCCACUUCCUACUACCACUUUUGGGUAGUUCUUUGCUCCUGUAACUUUAUUAUUUGCAUUAAUAAAAAUCCUUUUCUUAU